AUGGCAGGUAGAGUCAGCUGGACCUUUCUCCUUCUACUCGUGGCUCACAUUUGCUUUUCUGCAAAUCCUUUGCAAGCUACUCCGAUUGAAGACAUCGAUCCACAAUUAGGAGCCGUAGAGGAAGAUGCAGACUUCCCCUCCUCCUCCUCCUCCAAAGGUGUUGAGCCAAUAGCUGAUAUACCACCUGAGGAUGACAGUAUGCUCCACGAUGAACUCAGUCCAGCAAGAGAAGAAUUAUGUUACUACUACGCUUUUCCUGGACUGUGUUCAUUUCCGCCAUUGGCUCAACGUCUUUGGAGAAGGAUUAGGCUUCGUGAACUUCAACCGCUCGCUCUACUUGUGGUUGAGUCUCUGCAGGUGGAGCUUUUUCAGAAGUAG